GAAGUUGGCGCGUCAGGCUACUCUUUCUAUCUAUGAUCUGUAUAUCAUGUGCAUAUUACUCGGAUUAACGAUGAGAACUGUGUGAAUAUAUGAUAUGUUUAUGAUAUCUUCGUUUAUAAUACGUUUGCGCAGCUGUGCUAGUGUUCAAGAGAGAAGAGGCGGUAAGUUAGAUUGAAAUAACUACGACGUUUUAUUUGUCUAAAUCAGACGAAUUGUGGACUUCUGGAAGUUACUGGACACCUAAAGACAAGUCACGCAGCAACCAAGCAACAAGCCAAGUCUGGAAACACGCUUGUUAUGAAUCCCUGGGACCCCAUUACUUACACAGUGACACCUGCUGCUAAGAUUUUAGCUAGAUGUGUAACAUCAGGCACCAUGACACAGGAGGAGCUCGAUGCUCUCCCACGGGAUUCUGAAGUCUUUUCCACAUCUUUACUUAAUGCUGAGAAGCUGAACAGAAUUAGACAUGAUCUCGAUCAGACUAAUUUAGAUUUAGAGCUGCUGAAGCUGGAAAGAGACAGUGCAGACGUCACUCACCCUCAUUAUCUCAGUCAAAGGUUUGUUUCCUUGCAACAGUUCACUUCCCACCUUCAGGAAGUGUUGCGAGAACAGACAGUCCUACGAGAGAGACUCACAAAGCCACUGUGUCAGCAGAACCUGCCCAUUCAGGCUGACCUUCACAGAUAUGUGGUAGAGCUCAUGGGGAUGGUGGUGGAGUUCAUUCAGAACUUGGAAGUGAAAAUUAAGAUGGUUCAAGCAAUUCCAUCCACUGACAGUUAUCUGAGUAAUUUGAACAAUGCCAGAACUCAGCUGUUGGCUCAGGUCACUGAAGUUGAGAACCUGUACAAGCAAGUUCUUAAGCGACGAGGCCAUCUACAGACCAACAUUAAAGACAUGUCCACUUGAUAAAGAAUUUCAGAAAAUUCUAAUAUAAUGGCACCUACCAAUUGGUCAGGAUACUAGUGGAUAUUAAUUAAUUAUUUAAAAAAAGACCUAAUCUUCACCUUGUUUCUACUGGUUGUUAACAGGCAUCUUUAGAUCAAACUGAUUCGAUUUGUUUUAAUUCAUGGAUUAUGCAUGUACUGCAACUGUAUGUAAAUAUUGAGACAUGCUACAUUUUAUGUGAGUUUUUUACUUUUGUAUUAUGUUAAAUAAUUAUAAAUAAAUGUUCUACCUUUGAAACCAAA